CUUGGUUUGUUGUUUACUUCAGUCAAUCAGUACGGAGCUACGGGCAUGUAGACAAGUUCUUACAUGAGUGAUGCUCACACUUCGUAACACGAGCUAGUUUUAUUGUAACGUCUUGACCGAACUUCUGCUGAACUGCUGUUAUAUAUAACAUCAUCUUUCAUAAACUGAGGGACAUCUGAUGUAUCAGACAAUGUGGCUUAAAGUAUUCGUUGUUUUGACCUUUCUGGCGACUCUCUGUCACGGUGCCAACAUUCUAGCGUUCCCUGUAAGCAACAGUUACAGUCACUUUAUAGUCAUGGAGCCGCUAUUCAAAGAGUUGGCCGCUAGAGGUCAUCAGGUCACCGUGGUCAGCAGUUUUCCCCAGAAACAGAUUGUGAAGAACUAUUAUGACAUCGAUGUCGGCUACCUCAUGCCUCCAAUUCGGAGCAACUUCUCCUUUGACAUGGCAACAGACAUGGGAAAGAACCCUCUAACGAACAUGAAGCAGAUAUGGGACGUAGGUAACAGGAUAUGUGAUACGGUACUAUCUAGUGGAGAACUCAGGGAGUUGUACAACUCCACGGCCCACUUCGACCUCGUCAUCACACAUUGCUUCGCCUACGAUUGUUUCGCCGUGUUCGCCCACAAGUUCAACACCCCCAUCGUCACGAUUGUCACUGCCUCUGCCCUGCCAUGGUCCAACCCUCGCGUGGGCAACCCCGACCACCCUGCCUACAUCGUCAACAACUACAUCAACUCCCACGAGGACAUGACCUUGUACCAGCGCACCGUGAAUACUCUCGCCUGGCUGAUGUCAACUAUCGCCAUCCAUCCUCUCAACUAUGACCUGAACAACGCGCCCAUUCAGCACUACCUCGAUGCCUCUGCUCCGACCGUCCAGGAUAUCAUCAGCAGCAGGACUUCCUUAGUCAUGGUCAACAGUCAUUUUUCCAUGCUCCAGUCCAGACCUCUGGUGCCUAACUUUGUGGAGAUCGGAGGGAUUCAUAUCAAAGAUGCCAAACCUAUCCCUAAAGAUUUUAAGAAUUUCAUGGAUGAUGCUACCCACGGGGUCAUUCUGUUCAGUCUCGGGUCGCUGGUACGUGCCAGCUCAAUGUCCAACAGCACCUUUCAAGCUCUCAUGGGUGCCUUCGCCACACUGAACCAGAGAGUAGUCUUCAAGUUUGAAGAGGACGUUGUGGAUGGAAUCCCUCCAAACGUCAUGGUCAGGAAGUGGUUGCCGCAAAGAGAUUUGCUGGCUCACCAUAACGUUAGACUUCUGAUGGCGCACGGAGGACAGUCUAGUACUAUAGAAGCAGUAUACACAGGCACCCCCAUGGUUGGCAUGCCGUUAUUCUCAGAUCAGUAUAAUAAUAUCCAGACACUCGUACUCAAAGGUGCUGCGGAGCUCUUAGACCUGCAUCACCUGACUAAGGAACGGGUGUUGGAAGCUGUCACCAAAGUAUUAAAUAAUUCCAGGUACAAAACGAACGCUGAACGUCUGUCCCGCCAGUUCAAGGACCGGCUAGCUACGCCCCUGGACACGGCGGUGUACUGGACCGAGUACGUACUACGACACCGCGGGGCCCCACAGCUACGUUGCCAACUCGCCGACCUGCCUUGGUACCGCUUCCUUCUCCUGGACGUCAUCGCGGUCCUUGUCUUGGGGAUGUUAGCGUCCAUCUUUACCGUCAGGACAAUCAUUAAAUAUGCUUUGUACAGUGUUAUAUGUGUAUAUAGAAGAACAGAGAAAUCAAAAGACGAUUGAAUAUUAAGAUGUAUAGAGUUGUAUUGUAUGUAAAUAAAUGUGUGUUUCGUGUAUCUGUUAAUAAUCUAAA